CCUUCCACAGCUGCCCCUUCUGAGUCUCCCCAGUCAGUGGGGACUGGGUUACCCUGAACUACGGCACGGGCUAGCCUCAACUCUCACUCCCUAAUUACAGAAACUGGCCAGUGAGCGGGACACCCUCCAGACAGAGCUGGAAGAACUGAAAAGGAAGUUUGAGGGCAUGCGCUCUCGCAACAAGGUGCUGUCCAGUGAGGUGAAGACCCUCAAGACCCAGAUGGUGACCCUGGUGGAGAAGGGCAGGCAUGAUGAUGAGCUGAUUGAUGCACUCAUGGACCAGCUCAAGCAGCUGCAGGACAUUCUGGGCAGCCUGAGUGUGCAGGAGGAAUCGAGGCGCACAUCCCAGCACCACCUGGACCAGAAGAAGGUCAACAGUGAGGCCCAACAGAGCAGCAGCCUUGUGGCCCAGCUGCGGGCCAUGGUGGCUGAGCGUGAGGCCAAAGUGCGGCAGCUGGAGCUGGAGAUUGGGCAACUCAGUGUCCAGGUGAGCCAGGUGCCACCCGGGCCAGCCUGUCAGUGCCCGGCUAGCAACUCAGUGUCUAGGUGAGCGGGAUGCCACCUGGGGGGGCAUCAGUGCCUGGCUA